AUGGCAUUGUUGCCAGAACUGCUCGUGUUUGAGAACAGAUCAAUCUCUGCAAAAUAUAAUUAUAUAUCCUACCAAAACCGUUGGAAGGUGGUACUUUAUAUAUUCUCCUGUAGUAAGAGCCUGACCAAUGGGACUAUGGUUCGAAUUGUUAUUCUGGCCAUUGGUUGCUCCCAUGUUGUGGUAGACCUUCUCCAGAAAAGCCAACUUGGAAAGGCAUUUGUAAUAGCUUACAUCCAUUAUAAAAAUAUGAGAGAUUAUGGCUUAUCCUUCUUAACUGCCUCAAAAAUAAUGAUAAAAAGAUUUUUCUGGCCCGUUAACAAAGACAUAUACCUUGGGAGGGUUUACAAAAUGUCAUUGGUCUUUAUCUUGGUCCUCUUUUUUUUAUUAUACACUGACUCUUAUUCUUUACAGAUAGACAAAUAUCCAUUGGUUCUCAUACUUAACUUUAUUGCCAAGAAAGCAUGCCGCAGCAAGCAAUGGAAUACAGUAGGGGUCGAUUGCACCAGAGUGGAGUGCCUCGGAGAGAGCACAGAAGUUGUGUUUUACAAAGUCUACAGAGCGAGACUAAAUGACAUUUGUCAAAAAAUUAGCUGCUUUGCAAUAGACAAAAUCAAAUUAGAACUAUCAAAAUCAAUCAUAUCUGAAAAAUUAACCAAAGAGUACAAAUGUCUCUUACACUACAACUAUCUCCUAACAUGCUAUCAUACACUUGCUACUUUUAAUACAAUUCCAAUCUCUCUAAUUCCAAGAUGCUGGAGAAAAGAUUAUCUAGAAGGAGAAGAUCACUUGACAAUUAAUAACGUAGAAUCAGUACCAGCAAACAUUGCUAAAAUAACAACUAUAUUGCCUCAAUUUGAUUAUGAUUUUGAGCUUGUUUAUGAAGGCUUUCACAGUACACACAGCAAACAAGAACAAAUACAUAUAUAUAACUUAGUAAAAAACAUACUAGAAAAAAUGACUAAGCAGAAACUUGAGGAUCUUAAUGAUCCAACAAUAGUGGAAGCCAUCAAAGGCCGACCCAAAAAUACAAAUUUUGCUCUAUUUUCUAGAAAACAAAUAUCCUCAACUCAAAAGCAAAAAGCCUUGCAAAAUAUCACUAAUCUUGGCUUGCCAAUCAAUCACACAAUAUUAACAAAUCUUAUCAUUGCUCCUAAACAUAUAACUGAAGUCUUUUCUUCCGAAGCAGAUGGUAACUGUGGAUACUGA